CAAUAAUUAAAUAGGCACACACAAAAGCUAACCUCCCUCUCUCCUUGAAACAAGCAUUUGAUGACUUUGUUUGACACUCCACCCUCUACCAUCUCAUUUAGGUAAUUCCUUUCUCAACAACCCCGAUUCCUAAAAACAGGAUACUGAUUAUAUAAUAACUUGUGAACCAUGCAUUGGUACUUGUACAUUACUCUAGGUUUCAAUAUUGUUGAUCUGGAAAUAGUACAAGCUCAAUAAAACCACCACCUACUCCUCUCUGAGAAGAACAAAUUUCUUUAGGAGCAUUCACUCACUAAAAUACAAUAGCAAGUAGUAAACUUCUUCUAUCCUCACAAGCCACAAAUACAAAUACAAAUAUACAGCCUUUUUACUUUUGUGACUUUGUUAUUUCUUUCACUUCUUUGUUUCUCCUGCUUUUAUUGUUUGGAUUUCUGCUUAUCUUGCAUUUCCAUCUCUGGAUUUCUUGUAACUCUUUCUCUCUCUGUUCCGUGCAAGAAAACCCCAUGGAAUCUUGCAGAUUAUUUGGUGUUUGAUCCGUUAUAUAGACCUUUGAACCAAAGAACCCAGACACAUUCUACUUGUUAAGGAAAUUUGUGGGUAUUUGAGAUUUGAGAUGGGUGUGACUGGGGAAGGAAAUGUCUUUUCACUUCACUUGCUUUUCCUUGAUUCAUGAUUCUUGAGUUGAAUUUCAUCAAAUAAGGAGACUUGUUAGCAUCAAAACUCACUUUUGUGUGCUUGAUUUGGUAAAAAGGGGAAGUAAGAAAUGGAAGCAGGGGUGAAUUAUAGGAACUGGGCAGAUCUGUUGCCCGAUGCACUUGGUUUGAUCUUCAGCAAUCUUUCUCUUCAAGACACUCUCACAAUCGUUCCAAGAGUCUGCAAAUCAUGGAAUCAAGCAGUGUUGGGUCCUUACUGUUGGCAAAACAUCAACAUUCUUGACUGGAGCUAUCGGUCAAACCCUGAUCACAUUGACCAUAUGCUCCGACUUCUUGUUACCAGAAGUGGUGGCGCCCUCCGGGAGAUCACUGUCUCCGGCAUCCUCAACGAUCUCACUUUCUCAUUUCUCGCAGAUCAUUGUCGAUCACUACAAACACUCCAAAUCCCAAGAUGUAACAUAAGUGAUACGAUUGUGGAACAAAUAUCUACAAAGCUAUUGGCUGUAACCUUCAUGGACUUAAGCUACUGUCGCAAGAUUAGUGCACGUGCACUGUCUGCUAUCGGAAAAUCCUGCAAGUCUCUGGUGGGAUUCCGGCGAAACAUGCAUCCGAUUGACAUCCAAGAGCGGCGGCCGCAGGUGGAGGAGGCGGUGGCAAUUGCCGCCACCAUGUCCAAACUGAAGCACCUUGAAAUGGCGUAUAACUGUGUUGACACCAAGAACAUUGUGGAGAUCAUUGAGAAGUGUAAGGAGCUUGAGUUCUUGGAUGUUAGAGGGUGUUGGGAUGUGAAACUUGAUCAAGAUUGGCUGGAUAAGAGGGCUGUAAUGGUUAAGGUGUUGGGCCCACAUGUUGUGGAUCAGUUUGAAGGUCAUAGUUGCUCGGAUUAUUCGGAUACCGAUUCGUUUUAUGAUUACGCGAGUUUGGAUGAUGGGCUAUGGGAUGAUGAUGAUGAUAUUGAUGACGAUGAUGAUGAUGAUGAAGAUAGGGUUGGAGGGAGGUUAGAGCUUAGGUUUUAUGAAGGGUUUAAUGAGAACUAUAGUAAUGGUUGGGUUUGAGGGGUUUUCAAAAGAGUAAUGUUAUAUUCAUCUCAACUUAUUUAUAAAAAAAUAUUUUUAACAGACAUUUGACGUAAUACUGAUAAAAGUCUAAAUGUUUAUUUAGACUUUUAUCUGUCAAGUGUCUGCUAAAAAAAAAAUAAGUUUAGAAAGAUAUGACAUUACAUUAUUUGCUAGAAACCCCUUGUUUCUAAGUACUUAAAAACUUUUCUUGUAUGGCGAUUAUUAUGAAUGAUGUUUGAAGUUUUGUUUGUCUUUGUAAGUGGGAAUUGCUUUUCCUAGAGCAAAAAUGAUUGAAUCUUGAACAUUAUGUAUUGACUUGUAUCUUAUGCAGUAAAAGUUAUAUAUUGUUAUGGUACUUUUAUCACA